AUGGGAGUACAGCUGCAGGUGAUCAUCAUCGGCUCGCGAGGGGUGGGCAAGACCAGCCUGAUGGAGCGCUUCACCGACGACACUUUCUGCGAGGCCUGCAAGUCCACCGUGGGUGUUGAUUUUAAAAUCAAAACAGUAGAGCUAAGAGGAAAGAAAAUUAGAUUACAAAUCUGGGACACAGCAGGUCAGGAGAGAUUCAACAGCAUUACCUCAGCUUAUUACAGAAGUGCCAAGGGAAUUAUUUUGGUGUAUGAUAUAACCAAGAAGGAAACAUUUGAUGAUUUACCAAAAUGGAUGAAAAUGAUUGAUAAGUAUGCUUCAGAAGAUGCAGAGCUUCUAUUAGUUGGAAAUAAACUGGACUGUGAAGUUGAUCGAGAGAUUACUCGACAGCAGGGAGAAAAGUUUGCACAGCAAAUAACUGGGAUGCGGUUCUGUGAAGCAAGUGCCAAGGACAAUUUUAAUGUGGAUGAAAUAUUUCUAAAGCUUGUUGAUGACAUUCUGAAAAAGAUGCCACUGGAUGUUAUAAGAAAUGAGUUGUCCAACAGUAUCCUGUCCCUGCAACCAGAGCCAGAAAUCCCACCAGAACUGCCUCCUCCAAGGCCACAUGUCCGUUGCUGUUGACUUGUUACUCCAUACAGAGUGGAAAAAUAGGAGUGGGAGGAUAAAGAAAGUAUCUGUACUACUCUGCACUACAAUCAUUUGGCAGUUUCUUGUUGCACUUUGUUAUUCGAGUCAGAGCUACACACUAACUUGUAAAUAUGCAAAUAUGCAAUCCUUUGUAGGAUUCAACUAUAUAACAUUUAAUUAUUGCCCUUGACCCUCACAAUGAUGUUUCAUUCAUUGCCCCAGUGUUAUUAUAAAUACUGUACAGUUGGUUGAGAUUUACCACACUUCCAGUCGAGGAAAAAGGAGAAGUUAAAUCUAUACCUAUUCUUGACAUAAAUGUUGUAAUAGUUCUUGUUAUUAUAAACAGGCAGGCAGAAGCUCUUCUGGUAUGAAGAUAAGUAUAUGGUGCUUUGCUGACUAUUUUAAAGACAAUUUUUUUUUUUUAAACAGAGGACUUUAUGUACAAAGCUUCCAUAAUCAGCAUUAUGUUUCAUUUUAAUGUAGUAAAAACAUUUUUGGCUGUAGCAUCCUCUACUGACUGGAUUUGUUGAAAAGCUGAGUUUAAUUUUUGGCAGCCUUAUUUAUUUUGUUUAAUGCUGAAUCCAUCCUUUAUGUACUAAAACAUCACAUCUGGUGCAAAUUUGAUUGCGCUGAAAUUGCAUCUAUUUUCUGCAUAAGCAUAAACUUAAUUGCAAGAAUCAAUAAGUUUCAAUAAAAGAAUGGAGAUUAUAUUCAAAACUCUAUAAGAAGGUAUAAAAAGCAAUGCUGCUGUCCUAGACAAAUUCUUUUAAAAAAAAACAAAAGAUUUUCCUGUAUUAAGGAAUAUAUAUGUGUAUUUGUCUGGACAUCUAUAGGGUUGGGGGAGGGGAAAUUAAGGUAAAAAAGGUUUGUUUUUUUUUCCUAAUAGUAGAAAUUAUUCCCAUCAAGCAAAUACUGUGUUAGAUUUUUGUCUGAUAAUGAAUUUGUGAAUUAUAUCUUUGGUAUAUCUUUUAUUAAAAUGCACUGUUUAGUUUAGCUGUGGUAAAUCGGUAGUUACAUAUUUGAAUAACUUGGUGUGUCCUGAAUGUUUGUGGUAUUGAAAAGCAUUGUGGUCUUUCUAAACUAAUGAAGUGCAAAUAAAAUUUUGUAUUUAUGAAUGACA